UUUGGAUUGGAAAACUAGCUCUCUUCAGAUUGUAGACUUGGUAUUUAAAGAAAAAUGAUGCAGUUUAAAUGGCAGGGCAAAUAAGCCAUAUCACUCUUCACUGCUAUCAACCUCCUAUGCUAAUUCAGUACCAUUGAAUGGCGAUCGCCAUGAGAGUGUGUAUACCCUUUGAGAUUUGUCCUCCCUGGAUGGCUUGCAAAUCAUUUUCUAUCCUGCUUUUGCUUCUUCAGUCAAUUUUGCAGUUUGGUGUUUUGAAAGCUCAACAAGCAUAUGUGGACAACCAUCAACUGGACUGUAACAAUUGGACUCCUAGCACCAAAGGCUAUUUGUGUAAUGGCGUACAAUCAUCCUGCCAAUCAUACAUCACUUUCCGAUCAAACCCUCCUUAUAACUCUCCUGCCAAUAUCGGCUAUCUGCUGGGCACUCAAGAGGAAGCAACCCGCAUUGCCUCCAUGAACAAGAUCCCUUCCGAUGUGGCCACAAUACCUGCCCACAAGCAAGUGGUAGUCCCUGUCAAUUGCUCUUGUCAUAAACGCCUUUAUUACCAGCACAAUGCCUCUUACAGGCUCAAAUAUAAGAAUGAGACCUAUUUUACCUUGGCCAAUGAUACUUACCAGGGCCUUAGCACCUGCCAGGCCUUGAUGGAGCAAAACCCUUAUGAUCUGCAUAGUUUGUAUGUGGGCUUGGAUCUCCAUGUCCCUUUGAGAUGUGCUUGCCCUACGUCUAACCAGACUGCUUUUGGUGCCAAGUACAUGCUCACCUACAUGGUCACUUGGGGCGACACCGUUUCUGAGAUUGCCCAAUUGUUCAAUGUUAGUGUACAAAGUGUACUUGAUGCAAACGAGUUACUGGAAGAUGACGUGAUUUGGCCAUUUACGCCAAUUCUAGUUCCCAUCUCAAGUGAACCCUCAAUGAUCGCAUCACCCCCAUAUUCUCCACCUCCAACACCAGUGGACGUCGUCCCUGUCUCAAAAUCCAACUCUUUCCGAAAGUGGGUUUAUGUGGCUGUUGGCAUUGGAGGUGGUUUGCUUAUCCUCGUUACGUUCUCUGGUCUUUCAUAUUGGUAUUUUCGUACUCCUCCUCCGUCUCAUCAGAAACCUCAGGAGGCCAAUGUAUCCAAAAUUAAUGAUCUCCCUUUUCCUUAUGAGGGAAUUCAAUAUUCAAUUGAGUCUUUGAUCAUCUACAAAUUUGAGGAUAUCCAAACUGCCACGGGCUAUUUCAAUGAAGAUAACAAAAUUAAAGGUUCUGUUUACAAGGGAUCCUUUAGGGGCGAUCAUGCUGCUGUGAAGGUGAUGAAAGGAGACGUUUCCAGCGAGAUCAACAUACUUAAAAAGAUAAAUCACUCCAACAUUGCCAGGCUCUCUGGUUUCUGUGUGCACAACGGCAACACCUACCUUGUUUACGAGUAUGUCGAGAACGGCUCGUUGGAGGAUUGGCUCCACUCUGGUAAGAAUGAUCAAACUUCUUGCAAUUUAUCAUGGAAGCAAAGACUUCAGAUUGCCUACAAUAUAGCUGAUGCCUUCAAUUACCUUCAUAACUACACCACUCCUCCCUUUGUUCAUAAAAACUUGAAUACCAGUAACGUUCUCUUACAUGGCGACUUUAGAGCCAAGAUUGUCAAUUUCGGGCUUGCAAGAAAGCUAGCCAACGAUGAACAAGGUGCCACCCAGUUGACAAGACAUGUGGUUGGCACCCAUGGCUACAUGGCUCCGGAGUACCUUGAAAAUGGAUUGAUAACCCCAAAAUUAGAUGUAUUUGCAUAUGGGGUUGUGAUACUGGAGCUCUUAUCUGGGAAAGAGGCUGUUAUAAGUGAUUCAAAUGGGGAAGAAAAUAUGCUUUUUGCAUUGAUAAGGGAGGUGCUUCAAGAAGACAACGUGGGAGAGAAACUCCAUGCCUUCAUCGAUCCUUGUGUAAGAGAUGAGUUACCCCUGCACUUGGCUUUUUCCAUGGCCCAACUGGCUAAAAGUUGUGUUGCUCAUGAUCCGAACGCUCGCCCCUCUUUUCUUCAACUCUUCAUGACCUUAUCAAAAAUUGUAUCUUCGUCGCUGAAUUAGGAUCCACCAGCAGGCGUGCCGUGAUUGUCCCACCAUCUCGUGGCAACAGCUAAAGUAACAAAUAAUGAUAAUGUCUUAAUAAUUUUUAUAACUUAUUGUCUUAUCCUUUCAAAUUUUCAUGAACUUAACGAUGAAGGUGAGUUUACGAGGA